UCCCUCCUUAAAUAGCCUCACAGGGCAAGAUAGGGCUGUGCAGUACGACUGUGUGAUAAGGAGGAACAGGAACUCUAGUGCAUUCUCUUGGGCAAUCCAAACACAUUCUUUGACACAGGAAAGAGGAAACCCUCACCAAAGAAGAUCCUGGAACUACUUGCAUAGAGCACCAACUCAAGAUCCAGGAUGAACUUUGCUGCCCAGUUUUUCUAUGCAAACUACAUGGGUGAGGGAUCUCCACCACGGAGACGAUUCAGUGACAGCGAGGAGUACGACCCCUUCUGGCAAAGUAACCUUUCCCUGCCAAAAACCUUCCACUGCAGUGGAGGAAUUAUCCAUCAAAAAGCCUCAGCCCACUUCCUCCAACUUUCAGACUGGUUCAGACAGAUCCGACAAAUCCUGGAAUGCUGGAACACAGUUGACAAAGAGGGCGUCUUCUCCUCAAGCAUCUCCUGUUCCAAAGUCUAAACCUUCUUCUGGCCCUUCUCGUCCUUCUGUAUCUGCACCUCAAGGUCCUCCAUCUCUCCCCAGCCUCCCUCCAUCCCUGCACCUGUUUAAUGCUCCAGGGAGUAGGACCCUCCUGCCUGCAUUCCACACGCUGAUGUGCUUACUCCUCCGCCUGUUCCUCUCCUUCAUCCUCUUGUUCCUGCCAUGUGAGGAGGAGCGUUUAGGCGCCAGCAAAAAGAAAUCCUCUACUCAUGAUGGACAGUGCCACAAAGAUGGCCCCAUCAGCAAUGGAACCCUUGCACGUCGGCCUACACUGAUCUGCCCAGAGCGUCUCAGAGACUUUGGUGCUGAGGAGUACCUGAAUGGGGAUGUGAAGACCUUUGAGACCACAGUUGUAGGAGGACCUGAGGUGCAACUAUUGGCUCCUCCCAAACCCUCCAUCAAGAGGAAUAAGGAGUACAAGUCAGCACCUAAAGCUCCUGUGGAGUACCUCCGGUUUGAGGACAUCAGUGCGGCGUCAUUAAAAAUCCAGCAGGCAGGAAUUCAGAAGACCCCUUGCACAUAUUCCAGACUAUCCAAACUGUACGGCAUGGAGAUUUAUCUGAAGAAGGAGCACCUCCACUACACAGGCUCAGUGAAGGAGAGAGGGGUUCUGUAUCUGCUUUCCUCACUGAAACAGGAUCAGCAAAAGAAAGGUGUGAUUGUGGCCACAGACUGUAACUUCUCCAUGGCAGUAGCCUAUCAUGCAGUGGAGCUGAGGAUUCCAGUCUUUGUUAUAAUGCCUGCAUACAGUUCUUCUCCUCGGCUGCGCAUGUACCGCGACUAUGGAGCAAUGGUGAUCUCCUAUGGAAGCACAGCACGUGACUCUCAGAACCAUGCCCGCCACCUGGCCAAAGAGAAUGGUUACCUCUGCCUGGAGGAGGAUGACAGUGCGGUGUAUCUGGCAGGACUGGGUACAGUAGGAAUUGAGAUCCAUGAGCAGGUGCCCAAGCUGGAUGCGGUCAUUGUGCCUGCUGGGGGACAGUGUGGAGUGCUGGCUGGCACUGCGGCCGCCAUCAAACACCUCAACCCUCGCAUCUCAGUCAUAGGUGUUGAGCCAGAGGAGUUUCCACUUCUGCUUCAGUCCCUCAAAACAGACUCUCCUAUCAAGGAUCUCUACUCCACCCCAAAUAAAAAACUCUAUGGAGAUUUGGUGCAGCACACUUUGGGAACACACACUUUCCAGUUGGCCAAGAAAAUGGUGGAUAAAGUCAUUUCUGUCAGGGAGGAGGACUCUUUAGUGGCUAUGCUGAGGUUUCAAGAGUAUGAACACACCACUGUGGACACUGAAGGAGCCAUGGGAUUGGCAGCUAUAUUGGCUGGCCAGCUGCCAGAGCUAAAGGGUAAAAGGGUAGCGGUGUUAGUAGGCAGUGCUAACAUGGAGCUGGACCUGGUGAGGCAGUGUGUGGACAGAGCCCUCGUACUGGACGACCGUGUCAGCCGUUUUACUGUUCAGCUGGGAGACUGGCCAGGAGAUAUGGCUAAACUACUAGACAUGCUGGCCCGGGAAGAUGUGAGGCUGCUGGAUGUUUGCCACAGUCGGUACAGUGACAAAGCAGAUCUCUUUAAAGCACAGGUUGAAUGUGUUGUGGAGACCAGGGAUAAGACUCAGAACUGCCAGCUCCGUCGGACACUGGCUGACCGCUACCCCACACUGCGCUGGUUGGACCGGUGAACUCAGCAAGACUACUGCAACUAUGCACACACAUACACACAUACUUGUAUAACAUGCAUGCCAUCUACAGACGUAAACACAUAUAAUCCAGACAAAACAACAAAACAAAGACACGAAUACACACAGCACAACACCCACACCCACUGACUCCUUGAUAACAUGAACUCGUUGCUGUAAGAAAUUGCUAUCUCUCAGUGUAUGCUACACAUGUUUCAGUUGGAUGAGUAGUAGCAAGUUUAGAAAUGAGAAAAAUUUGUUAAUUUUCCACUGUGAAUAAGAAAUGAACACAACACACCAUUCAGGCACUACACUGCUAAAGAUAUUUGAGCAGUCUGGGAGGUUAAAUAAUACAAAUCAUUGGAUGUUAUAAAAUGUGUUAUAUUGUAUCAACCAUUAAGCCAAUUCCAGGUUUAUUACAUACUAAAGCUUAUUAUUCAGUAACUGCAUGGACUUCAGUGCAAUCUGGUUGAGCUGUUUUUAGGUAAUAGAAGUGUGUGAUAAAACUUUAGGCCCAAUGGUGGGCCCUGGCCAUUUAAGGAGUUCAGGUGAAAGGGUAGUGUCAUAAUACAUUAUUUGCCAGUAAAUACUGGUACAUUGGACCACUGAAGGUAGGUGAUUUUUGACCACCUGUAAAUAUGUUUAUAAUAUUGUAUGUUUAAUGUGGUACCUAGCUGUAUUUGAAUUGAGAUAAUAUAUGAUUUUGUCCUGGAA